AUGUUUAUCAUAUGAUUGUAGAUAAAGUUUGUGCCUUAUAAUGGUUUGGCUUGAAAUUUAGGUUUUAAGUUUUAAGAAACACUAGUUUGCGUUAUAUGAAAUUUUGCGCUACCCUUUUGUCUACCUCUCUCCUCUUUGGUCGUUCAACUGAGAAAAAAACUUACACGUACAAAAAUUGAAAAUAUAAAAAUAGCAAUUUGCCGUCAACACUCUUUCUUCAGUCUUGUUCAACCAUUGAAAGCUAUUCAUCAUGUUUUCAUUAGCUCAGACUUUUUCAUUUCUUGAUAAUCCAAAUAUCGAUUGGAAAUUAAUCAUCACAGGAUUAACCAUUGGUCGUUUUGCCGUUGAUACUUAUUUGGAAUAUCGUCAAUAUCAAGUCUUAAAGAGAACUAGUCCUCCAGCUACUUUAAAAUCUGAAGUUUCUCAAGAAACCUUUGAUAAAUCUCAAGCUUAUUCUAGAUCCAAAGCUAAAUUUGGAUUUUUCACCGGUACUAUUAGUCUUAUUGAAAGUUUAAUCACUAUCAAGUAUGAUCUUUUAUAUAAAUUCUGGGAUGUUAGUGGUUCGUUAUUAUCUAGUGUUUCUUUCCUUUUACCUAAAUUCAUGAAUGGUGUUAUUACUCAAUCAAUUAUCUUAUUUUCUAUUGCUCAACUUGUUUCAAUCAUUACUUCCUUACCAACUUCUUAUUAUUAUAGUUUUGUGUUGGAAGAGAAAUAUGGAUUUAACAAACAAACUAUUAGUUUAUGGAUUACUGAUAAAAUUAAAGGUUUUGCUCUUACUCUUGUGUUAGGAGCCCCUGUUGUCGCUGCUUUCUUAAAGAUUAUUGAUUAUUUUGGUGAUUCAUUCAUUGUUUAUACUAUGUUCUUUGUUUUGAUUGUUCAAUUAGUAUUUAUGACAAUCUUCCCAACUUUGAUUCAACCAUUAUUUAAUAAAUUCACUCCUUUAGAAGAUGGUAAAUUAAAAGAAGCUAUUGAAGAUUUAGCAUCUAAACAAAAAUUCCCAUUAACUAAUUUAUAUGUCAUUGAUGGUUCAAAGAGAAGUUCUCAUUCAAAUGCUUAUUUCACUGGUUUACCAUGGAGUAAACAAAUUGUCUUGUUUGAUACUUUAAUUGAUCAUUCAUCCAUUGAAGAAACUGUUGCUGUUUUAGCUCAUGAAAUUGGUCAUUGGAAAUUAAAUCAUUUACCUAAAAUGUUAAGUUUUGCUCAAAUCCAUUUAUUCUUAUUAUUCUCCUCAUUCUCAGCUUUUAUUCAUAAUAAAUCAUUAUUCACUUCCUUUGGAUUUACAACUGUUCAUCCAUCUAUGGUGGGUUUUCUUUUAUUUUCUGAUAUUUUCGGCCCAUUAGAAUUCGUCUUACAAUUCGCUAUGAAUCUUUUAUCAAGAAAACAUGAAUAUGAAGCUGAUGCUUAUGCUAAAUCUUGUGGUUAUUCCGCUGAUUUAAGUACUUCCUUAAUCAAAUUAUUAAGUAAGAAUUUAUCUACUAUGGAUGCUGAUUGGUUGUAUUCUUCUUAUCAUCAUUCUCAUCCAAUCUUAUCUGAAAGAUUGGAUGCUUUAGGUUAUGUAUCAAAGGGUAAAGUCGGUAGUGGUAUUAAACCAAUUAAAGAAGAUUAAAUUUAACAGUUGAAAUUCUAUAAAUCUUUGU